AUGGAGAAGCUCCUGGAACGGAUGAAAGGGGUAGUCAAGGAUCCAGAUCCCUUCUGGCUCUUUGAGAACAGCUAUCCGAACACACUGGAUACGAUGAUCAAAUGGCGUGGUUAUGCUAAGAAGAUCGACCCAGAGACGAAAAACGAAACCGUUACUGACGAGGAAUCUUUCCAACCACCCCCGGAAUCUGGUGUGAAUCCCACAGAUAACGGGGCCGUCACUCAGAACAACCCUCAACCAUCUUACAAUCCUGUGAAGGUUUUUGACUGCAAAUGGGAGCUGGAUUCCCUUGCCUCCUUUCUACAGAUCUCUACGGCAUACUAUGAGCGCACCAAGGACCUCAACGUUUUUCAGAAAUAUGACUGGAUUGAAGCCGUGAAAGCUGCUGUAGAUGCAGCUGGCGCUAUGAGACUGGGCACUUAUGCACCCGAGGGAAAGGUCGAGAAGUCGGCAUGGACUUUCACUGGAUGGACGAACCGUAGCUCAGAGACUCUGACCAACGAUGGUUUGGGAAACCCAACCAAGGGGAACGGUAUGGUCAGGUCGGCCUUCAGACCUUCAGAUGAUGCAUGCAUCUACCAACUUCUUGUCCCAGCUAACAUGAUGUUCGCCAAAUACCUGGAACAGGGUUCCCUGAUCAUGGAAAAGCUGGAAGGCGACCAGGUAAAGAACCUCACGACGGUCAUGCGGGACUUCGCCCUUGGAAUCAGUGUUCCUUCUCUCCUCUCCAUCCCACUCUUCAGCUAUGCAAACUCCUCGUUCCCCUUUCCAGAACCCGCCAAAGGCGAUCCUAAACGGGACCACGCCCAAAUCUAUAAGAACACGCGAGACUUCAUCCUCAGCGACAGUAAUCCGUAUUUUGCCAAAGGGCCGGCGUUAUCUGCUAUCGGGGGUCCGCAUCUUAGCCCUGGAAAGGGCUGGCCCAUGGCGGCUAUUAUCAGAGCUCUUUCUGCAUUCCGGAUUGGAUUAGGCGAGAAGAAGCUAGAGGAGGAAGUUAAGGGGCAGUUGAGCAUGGCGUUGAAUUCUACUGGCGGAACAGGCGUUAUACACGAGAGUGUUAACGCGUGGAAUGCGGGUGAUUGGACCCGGGCUUGGUUUAGGUGGGCAAAUGGGUUGUUGGGGGAGUUGGUUUUGAAGAUUGAUGAGGAGAAGAAGGAGUGGUUGGCGGAGAGUUGGCAGGAUUGA